AUGUUUCCUUAUUCAUCUAUAUUCGUGACUCUUGUGUGUUUAUAUUUGCUUGUGUAUGUUGAUGACAUCCUUGUUAUGGGUUCUGAUGCUUAUCGUGUUACUCGGCUCCUUACUGACUUAGCCUCAGAAUUUAAGAUUCGUGACAUGGGUGCUCCGUCUUUCUUUCUUGGCAUUGAGACGGUUUCCCAGGAUAGCGGUUUGUUUCUUUCUCAGCAGCGAUACAUGCGGGAUAUUUUGAAUCGUGCAGGUAUGGUGGAUUGUAAACCGUUGGCCACUCUAGUUCUUGUGUCUCGGCCAUCUUCUGAUUUUGUGGUUCCCUAUGCGGAUCUCACGCAGUAUCGUAGUCUUGCUGGGGCUCUCCAGUACCCUACUGUAACAUGCCCGUAUCUAUCAUUUGCUGUGAAUCGGGUUUGUCAGCACAUGCACUCUCCGACUACUGAGCAUUGGGCUAUGCUCAAGCGUGUGCUGCGGUACGUUAAAGGUACUCUGCAUUUUGGUCUUUUUAUUCGUCGUUCCUCCUCUGUUGCCAUUCAUGCUUUUUCGGAUUCAGACUGGGCUGGUGAUCCGACUGACAGAAAAUCCACGAGUGGUUUUGCGGUUUUUCUUGGUGGUAAUCUAAUUUCCUUGUCUUGUCGAAAGCAACGUACAGUUGCUCGUUCAUCUACUGAGGCAAAAUACAAGGCACUGGCUGAUGUGUUUGCAGAAGUCACCUAG